AUGGCGAACCCUACCAACUUUUACUCUGGCCCCGAUUCGCUGAAGAAGUACUUUGAUCCGGAGUGCGCUCCGCCACUGCCUCUGGUCGAGCUACCACCGCAUCUCAAUCCUUAUUAUGAUGAUGGUGUUCGAAUCUACGCCAAGAUGAUGUCCUGUCAUCCGGCGAACAAUGUCAAGUGCAUGCCCGCAAUGAAUCUUCUCCAAAAGGAGGUUGUCCCAGGGCAGACUAAAUCCAUCGUGGAAUACAGCUCGGGCUCAACCGUCAUCUCCAUGUCGAUGGUUGCGAGAGUGUUCCACGGGAUCGAUGACACAAAGGCGUUCCUUAGCAAUAAGACGAGCGAGGCAAAGCUGCGAUUGAUGCAGUUCUUCGGACUCAAGCUAACAUUGUUUGGCGGACCUUCUCAACCAGAGCCUCUUGAUCCAAGAGGCGGUAUCCAGAGCGCGCGGAUGUUGGGAGCUGAGUCUGAAGCAACUAUCAAUCCUAAUCAAUAUGAGAAUGAUGCGAAUUGGCAAUCACACAUCAAAUGGACAGGGCCGCAGAUACUACAACAACUUCCGGACAUCAACAUCAUUUGUGCGGGAAUGGGAACAUCUGGAACGAUGACUGGAUUGGGGCAAUACUUCAAACAAGCAAAGCCGUCGGUCUUCAGAUUAGGUGUCUGCACAGCCGCCGGCGAUCGAGUGCCCGGCCCUCGCUCCUUCGCUCUUCUCGCACCCGUAGAAUUCCCAUGGAAAGACUCUGUCGACCACGUUGAACAUGUUGGAUCGUUCGAUUCCUUCACAGUCUCCCUCGAUCUCUGCCGCAAUGGCAUCAUCUGCGGUCCAUCAUCUGGUUUCAACCUGCAAGGCUUAUUCAACCUUGUAGAGAAUAGGAAAGCAAAAGGGACGCUACAUCAACUCGCGGGCAAAGAUGGUCUCAUACACAGUGUAUUCCUAUGCUGUGAUCUACCAUACCAGUACCUCGGUGAAUACUUUGACAAACUUGGCCCUUCCAGCUUCCCACCAAUCGAAAACGAGCACCUCAUAAACGUAGACAAAUACCGCUACGACGAAACCUGGGAACUCCCCCCCUCAACCCUCUUCCCCCUCGCCACAGCCACCCUAAUCAUCGACCUCCGCCACCAAGCCGAUUUCCACAAACAUCACCUCCCCAACUCCUUAAACAUCACCCUCGCAUCCCUCCACCCAGACUCCCCAAGUCCCUUCCACAACCCCAAACUCCUGCAUGAACAAUGGCUAGAAUUAGAAAAUCUCUUCUCCCAGAGUUUCCUCCAGGGACAAUUCUCGGGAAGGAAAUUGUUGUGUUUGUGUUAUUUGGGGGAUACGGCGAGGGUUGCGACGAGUGUUUUGCGGGCUAAGGGGUUUGAGGCUGUUAGUGUUAGGGGGGGAUUUGGGGUUUUGGGGAAGGGCAUUGGGCUGGAGGGGAGGGAUUUUGAAGUUGGGGUUGGGAGUGAUGGGGAGGGGGAGGGGAGUGAUGGGGAAGGGGAGAGGAGUGAUGGUGGGAUUGAACUGGAGAAAGGAGAGGUCGGUAUCCCGGCGACGAACAGCGUAAAGGUCACGGAAACUUUGGCGGUGUAG